AUGGGCAUUCUAGCUAUUAUUAUUUUCUGUAUUACGGAAUUAAUAAAGCACGGCACAUCGAUGACAAUCAAUAUUGGUGAUCCUCAAAAAAUGGUACAUAGCAGUUCUGAAGAGCAAUUGAUCCUUGAGAAGCUUCUCAAAGAUUAUGAUCAACGUGUUCGUCCACCACCAACGAAUAGUUCAGCAGCUAGUGGACCUGUCAUUGUUAAAGUAAACAUUAUGCUACGAAUGUUAAGCAAAAUCGAUGUUGUAAAUAUGGAAUAUAGCAUGCAGAUAACGUUCAGAGAAAGAUGGCUAGAUCGUAGGUUAGCUUAUGAAAAUAUGCACAUCACCAAUAUGCCCAAUUUUCUUACGGUUCCUUAUAUCAAAAACAAUAUUUGGAUGCCUGAUUCAUUUUUUCCGACAGAGAAGGCAGCACAUAGGCAUCAUAUCGAUACAGAAAAUAUGUUCUUAAGGAUAUAUCCAAAUGGACAGAUACUAUACAGCGUACGGUUAUCACUAACACUAUCAUGCCCGAUGCAUCUACAACUUUAUCCUCUCGAUGUGCAAUAUUGCGAUUUCGAUUUAAUCAGCUAUGCUCAUACUGUUACCGAUAUUGUGUAUGAAUGGGAAAAAGAUGGAGGACCGCCAGUACAAAGAAAACCUGGUGUCGGCAGUGACUUGCCUAAUUUUUUGCUUACAGCGAUAGAAACUAACCAUGAAUGCACCAGUCAUACUAACACAGGGACCUAUGCUUGCUUAAGAAUGCGUCUCGAGCUUUCGCGUCAAUUCAGCUAUUAUUUAAUCCAACUGUACGGUCCAACAACAAUGAUCGUAAUUGUCAGCUGGGUUAGCUUCUGGAUUGAUAUACAUUCAACAGCAGGCCGUAUUGCCCUUGGAGUCACUACCCUACUUACAAUGACCACAAUGACGUCAUCUAUUAAUGCAAAGCUGCCUCCAGUAAGCUAUGUAAAAGUAGUGGACGUUUGGCUAGGCGCUUGUCAAGCAUUUGUAUUUGGAGCACUUCUAGAAUAUGCUUUUGUCUCUUAUCAAGAUAAUUGCCUUCAAGAGAAGAGAAAUAAUAUAUCAAGAAAAGGACGUCGAAGAAUUGAUAAACGAAGCAUUGAAAAUCAACAAAUCUACCAGCAGCAAUGUACCUGUUAUUUGUUAUCAGUGCAUUCACGUGAAAGGGUGGUGGAUCGUAUGAAGCAACUUUUCAUGAGGCCCACUUAUUUUCCGGCUAAAAUUGAUUUCUAUGCUCGAUUCUGUGUACCGAUUGCAUUCACUAUAUUUAACGUUAUUUACUGGACAGUGUGUUUUGUGAUGACUUCUGAAUAUGGCCCCAAAAAAUGA